GAGAAUAAUUACAGAACAAAACUUUAAUGGGCCUCAUAUAAUUUUAAUAAUUAAAAAGAAAAUAAUUGGAUUGACUUUGUCCAACUUUGACCACCGACAGAACAAAAGGUUAAGGUGUUCGAGUAAAAAGGAAAGAAAGAUAGCAUCAUACAUAACGGGAUUUGAGACUGAAAUGAAUGCUCGAAUAGAAGAUUUAGAGUAACAUAAAAGUUCAGAUUUGAAAAACAUAAGUUGUUGAUUUAGAGUAACUGAUUUAGAAAUUCAAGACCGAAAAACAUAAGUCGAAUAGAAGAGUUGGUAUCCUUUUUUAUCAGUAUUUAGUGUAAUGUGUAUGGUUCACAUCACCAUAUGGACAACCCAUGAACAAUUCAACUGUAAGACUUAGCCGCCAGGCUAUGAUUGGUUCAGGUGGGACCGGAGGUAUGUAUCUGUCUAGCUGUUUCUUGCUUAUUCAAAAAAGAUCCUUUGUACAUAUUGUACAUGUGUGACAUUCUUUUUUUUUUUUUUUCCGUCAAGAUUUUAUUUAGAUUAAUAAUAAUACCGGGCCAAGCCUAAUUACAUAGUCUGAAGCCCAAACGCAUAAACAAAAAGGCACGAAGCCCAUAAGCCAAACCGGCUACAGUCUAAAUGCUAUAAACGGCCCGCGGCCCAAACCAUACAAGCCCAAACGACGUCGGCUGGAUCAAACGCGUCGAGGAGGCUGGCUGCUGAACACGUGGAGGCAUCUGCGCCAUCAGAUCGACACGCGUCGCACACCGCCUCAACCUGACCGUCUCCGCCUCUAGACGCCGUCGGAGCCACCUAACCGUGCUUCGUUUCGCCGGAUCUCAUACCCCGCAACAAAACACCUUCCUUCCCGGUGGUCCUCCACCGAAAGCGUCAUCGGAAAAACCGCGCUCUCAUCCGGACCACCCACUCUUCUCACACCACACCCUCAACUAACUUCUCUUGUCGGCGGUAUCAUAGACGGAGAGCUUCAUCUUCUUCUAAGAUCUCAUCCGCACUUUCUCGUUUCCAUCCGAGCCGACAAGAACAAAACCCUAACCAAACUUUCACCGCUAACACCCAAAUUUCCUACGGGUUCCAAACCGGCAGCGUGGAGCUACUGUAGCCUCCACCCUCCGGAGACAAGACGGCGACGACGGAGCUAGGUAAGCCUCCUCCUCCCGAAGACAGAACCGACGGCGGUGGAGCAAAAAGAGCCUCCACCUCCUGGAAAAUACCGACGACGACGGAGCUGUAAAAGCCUCCCCCUCCCGGAAUCGAACCUUAGUCUAAACGAGCCGCCUCUCCAUCGUCGAAAACCUUCCCACUACCGCGUCCUCACUCCACACAACAGACCGCCAUGCACCAUGGAUUAGGCCGGAGCCAGAGGUCGGACAAGGCGAAGGUGGGAAGAUACGAAAGAGAGGCCUUAAGAAAGCUUUUAUACGACAGGACCGCGGUUCCGGCGACGGCACGCGCGCAGACGCGCCGACCGCUCACCGGAACCACAACGAGAUCUACUUUACUUCUCUUUUUCUCUCUCUCUCUAAAACACUCUUUCACAUGUGUGACAUUCUAUAAAAGUUUUUUUUUGUUCAUCGACAUUCUAUGAAAAUUAUGCUUUUAUUCUUUGGUAGUAGGAAAUUUGGGCCCUUGAAGGAGUUAAUGUAAUUAUUGAUGUUGAAAGCCCACAUAAAAAUAUCUUUUGUAAAUAAUAUUGAAGAUCAUGAGUACCAAAAAUCGGUAAGCAGUAAUUAGAUCCUUUGUAAGACUAUCAAUUAGGCAGGCUACCGAUUUUUUAAAACACUUGCGGCAAUUUUUAAAACUACAUCACAUGUUUCUUGUUUUUAAAACACACAUCACAUGUCCCUGAGCAGCUACGGUCGUUUCUCCGAAAAUGAAACAUCUGGUUAGAGUUUUUAUGCCAUUAAACUAUGGUAUAUAAAACAAAGAAAGAUCUGUCUUGACUCUUGAUAUAUCAUUUUAGAAAAUAACUAACAUCACAUGCUUGCUUCAGUUGACAUUCAAGUUGGGUCUUGUUCUUAAGCAAAUAAGGAAUUAUAGGCUUUAUUACAAAGAUCCAACGCGCUCUGAAACUUCAUAUAAGUGGAAAGAAAUUCUAGUAUGGCACACAAAUGAAUAAAGUGAUGAUAUUUAAAAAUUUAUACGUUUUUAGUCUUUAAGAAUUUCAAGUUGACAAAGGCACAAACAGUUUAUACUUCAGUCUCACCGAACUCAACGCCUUUCAAAUCGAUAUGCUCUACUCCUUCCUUGAGGAGUUUAAUCUCAUCUCAAGAAUGACACAAGGUUUAAGCAAAAAAAAAGAAUGACAAAGAGACGCGUUAAUACUUACAGUCUGCUGAGAGAUGUGGAGAAGACGGCAGUGCAUACACAAACGAAACCUUUACCAUUAACCCUGACAACAGUGACAGUACAAAUCCCAACACCAACAACCACAUCCACAACCAUCGGAGUAUCUCCAAUGGUACAUCAAAAUGAAGGAAAACAUCAAAAAAUGAAGAAAAUCCAUCUUUAAUGGUACUUCAUUUUAAAAAAAAAAAUUACGCAUAUAACCAGAAUCAUGCUCAACCUCAAGAUCUAUAUGAAGAGAAAUCAAACUACAAAGAAUCAAUAUAACGAAUCAAAGUUUUAAAAAUCAGUUUAAACGGCGUCUAGGUGGCAACUUUAAAAUCUACGUGCAAAGAAAUCAAAUGAUAGAAAAAUUAACACAACAAAUCAAUAAUCUAAAAAUUGGUUUAUGCGGACUAGGCGGCAAAGAAGACGUAAAUGAAAAUAUUUUAAAAAUUGCCGCAAGUGUUCUAAAAACAAGUGCGGCAAUUUUAGAACACUUGAGGCAAUUCACAUGUCCCUGAGCAGCUACGGUCGUUUUAAAACACACAUCACUGUAGCGGCAAUUUUUAAAACUACAUCACAUGAAUCAUCAAAAUGAGUGAUGACUCAAAAUUAGAAAAGGUAAAGUUUUAUUCACUGGAACUGUAGUUUGUCAAUAUUUUUGUGUUAACAAACAUUAGUCGGCCUAGUUUAGAUGUAUUAGGUCCCACUAAAUAUAAAUCUAGACCCACAAAAGAUGCAAACGCUACAACUGGGUCCUCUUUUCCGCUGCUUUAUUGGAACCCUCAAAACCCAAAGACAAUUCAUAAAAGAUCAAAACCAAAAUUCAGAGAAAAAAUCACCUUUUGUAAUCCCUUCAAAUUGCAGUAUAUAUAAAUAAUUAUGGUGUGCUUAAAAAAUAUACUCCGUUAAGUCAUUAUUGAAAAAGAAAAUGUAAUUAUUCUUUUUCGCUAAUCUUGCUAAUAUAUUUACUCCUUUUUAUAAUCUAAAUAUAUAUAUAUAUAUAUAUAUAUAUAUAUAUAUAUUUUUUUUAAUCCAAAUAUUGAAUACUUUACUGUUUAUAAAGUUCCCCAAAAACUUUCUAAAUCUAAACUUUGUUUUUUCAACCAUCAAAGCCAAGAUAAACACAACAAGCUCGUUUUCUUGGUAACUGCUACAUUUAUUAACUUCAAUAGCCGUUUGACUUAGCGGUUACAUUGAUUUUUUUUUUUUGAGCAAGCGGUUACAUUGAUUUUGGACGUGUUCUUAUUAGACCAAACCAAAAAAAAAGAAGUAAAUGGUUUUGACUUUUACAUGUUCAACUUGUAAACGUCCUUCACGUGCUCAAGUAAACAUUUAGAUGUCCAAGUUGGACAGUCCAACUAAGCCAAUAUGAUAAUAACCCACUAAAGGACAUUAACAAACCUUCAAAAAAAUCUCAGUUUUUUUCCCAAAACGAGUAGAGAUCAAAACUUAAAAGCUUUUCCAUUUUUUUUUUUUGCUAGUUUCUUCAAAUCCUAAAACAAAAGGUUAGUGAAUGUGGACACCCAAAAAAACAGAGGUGUUUGCUUUUCCUUUUCCUCUUUUUUCUUUCUCUUUUUGUUCUGUUUCAUCUCUGCUCUUUCUUUAAGAAUUGUUUUUUUUCCUUUGGUAAAGGAUAUCUUUUCAUGCCGAUUUCCAUUUUCUAUUGUAAAACUUCUCAUCCUCGUCCUCUCACUCCAGUGAAAAAGUUAUCAACUUUGUCUUUCCGAAAAAGCUUUAAUCUUUUGUCCCCAUUUCCCUUUUAUUUAGCUUCUCUGUGUAGUUUCUGGAUCGUACCUGUUGUACAAAACGGAGAAAACCCCAGAUGAUUGCUUCUUUGUCCUGAAACCCUCAAUUCAGACAAAACAAAAUCACUGUUUUCUGACGAACACACACACCUAAUGGGCUCAGAGCAGCAGCACAUGUUUCCUCAGCAUGAACAAGAACAGAGGAAAAAGUGGAGAGGUUGUUUAGGAGUCUUGUCAUGUUUCAAGUCCCAAAAGGCCCUAAAACAAAUAGUCCCCGCCUCCUCUCGCAUUCCUGAAUGUGGCGGCAAUGCCUCAGCUUCACAACCAAGCGGAGGUGUCUUGACCAACCAAGCUACUACAAGAGCAAUGAAUCCAGCUUUCAUGGCUCCACCCUCCUCUCCCGCUUCCUUCACAGACUCCGCUCUUCCUUCAACAGCUCAGUCCCCAAACAACUACUUAUCUCUCUCUGCAAACUCCCCUCGAGGUCCUUCUUCGACCAUGUACGCCACCGGACCUUACGCUCACGAAACCCAACUGGUCUCACCUCCUCCUGUUUUCUCCACCCUCACCACCGAGCCCUCCACUGCUCCUUUCACUCCUCCUCCAGAGCUUGCUCAUCUCACCACUCCUUCUUCACCUGAUGUGCCUUACGCUCGUUUCUUGAACUCUGGCAACGGCCAUUACAAUGAUCUUCGCUCUACGUACUCUCUUUAUCAUGGUAGUCCAGCCAGAUCACUUCAAACUGGAGUCUCCACACCUCUGCAGGAGGAGUCAAACUUCUUCUGUCCUGAAACCUUUGCCAAGUUUUACCUCGAUCACGACCCUUCUGCUCCUCUAAACGGUGGGAGGUUAAGCGUGUCCAAGGAUUCAGAUGUGUACUCUACUAAUGGGAACCAGAACAGGCAGGCGAGGCAAGACAUGGAGGAGUUGGAAGAAGCUUAUAGAGCUUCCUUUGGGUUUAGUGCUGAUGACGUCAUCACAACUAGUCAGUAUGUAGAGUUCACCGAUGUGAUGGAUGACUCUUUGGUCAAGGCAAAGGCUUACUCACCAAGUAAUGGACAAAAGCUGCUUAGAGGAGAAGCUAAUCUGCCGAGUCAAACAAGAUCAAAUUCAGAAGAAGCUUUACUGUCAAGAAACCGCAUCAACGCUGAUGAAGAGGCUCUAUUGUCAAGAGUGGGGUCUGUAAAGAAAGGGAGCAGAAGCUAUCCCGCUGCUGUUUCAAGCUCUGAUGCAGAGAUAGAAUACAGAAGAGGAAGAAGCUUAAGAGAAGGCAGAGAGAACAGACACAGGAGAUAGCCUGAUCAAGGAACAAGAACAAAGCUAGUUGGCUUUGUUCUUAAGGUCUUUUAAGUUGCAGAAGUAUUUAAUAUGAUCUUUGUGAUGCUAAACUCUUGAGAUAAGUAUUUAGUUUUUAAGUAUAUAUCAAUAUUAUCACAGAUGGUUUUUAGUAGAA